UUGUGCCACGAAGCAACGUCCUCUUCAUUGUCAUCGGUCUUUGCAAAGCCGCUGCCAGAAUUCGUCAACUUGUUGCACAUCCUACGAAUCUUUUCUCACUUGUGUCAAAUUCAUUGCCUAUUUGUGAUCACGAAUAAUCAAAAUUUGUCGCUCGCCCUCAGAUCAAAUGAUCGCGUCUCCUAGAUGACCUUCCCUCCCCCUCCUCCUUCCUCCCAAUCGUCGAUUGCUUCUGGCACCGAUAAGUCAUCUUCGACCAGACCGGCAAGGUCACAACAGCAAUCUGCUUGGGGUCCGACCGUGUCCCAGUCUAGUGUUCGGCGUGGGUUGACUCCACUUGCGACCAACAACCUCGCAUCAUCCUCGAUUUCCCCCUCAGCCUCUCGCGGGCCACCACAGUCCAGUAGCCCUGGUCCCGGUGGCUCGACCUCGUCUCCCUUAACUACCUCCUUCUCCGCCGUCUUGAGUUCCGCUAGGGGUCAUCCAGUUGGCCGGAACGCGCCUUCGCCAGCCUCCACGCCGGCACCCUUUACCUCCUUCCAAUCUGGCUCGCAACAGCACCAGCAAUCCGGACAAUCUCUCUCCUCGCCCAAAUUCCGAGCUCACACCCCGUCUUCAGGGUCACAUCUGGCUUCCGCAGCGGGUUCAAUCGCGGGUGGAGGAGGCUCCGGGGGAGGCGGAGGUGGGACGGGAUCUUCCAGAGGCGCCACCUUCUCUCCAUUGUUGGCCGGUACAACCGUGAAUUCUCCUACCGGAUUCCCAUCUGACAAACCGGGAUCAGCAGCUUCUGGCGCUGCAGCUCACGCCAGUCAGUCAUCGCUCACCAAGAUAUCCAUCGCUCAAGUUUUCCUCCUCCUGGAUUCAAUCACGGAGAAAGAGGGCAGAGAGAAGUGGGAAACAAAAGCUGCGCAGAUUCAUAAGCUCGUAGAAUCCAACGGCAUGGAGGUCUUUUCCAAAUACUUUCGACGCUUGCUUACAGGCAACGCCCCGCAGAUAUUUCCCGGGGUCAACAAGUCCGUGGAAAAUGCCGGCAACUACCCUCUCCUGGUACAAGAGAUGGAGAAAGUCUCUCAGGAUAUCGAGCAAUCUCAAAAGAUCGCAGAGACAGUUGAUACCUCUGAAGGCGAUAUUUUCCGUGAUUUCGACCUUUCAACGUUCUUGGAUCAUUUCAAGCUUGACCCCCUUGUGAAGGUAUCCUUAGCUCUAGCAUUCAAGACUGCGAAUAAGUCAGACCUUCGCGCAAAAGCUGAUGCAAUCCUUUCCAACUCCAUCAACCCUUUCCUACAAAGCCUCGCGAACCCUGCGAAUUUGGGCAAGGAUUACAAGAAUUCUUUUAUUGGAAUGACCAUUGAGCGCUUUAUCUUGUAUCCACCCAGAAACUUCACCGACGACGUUAAAGGCAAAUUGGUAUAUGCAGCCAAUCUACGGUAUCAGAAGUUAAGCAAGGACAUACCAUUCGAAGUCACAUCCGCCCUACAGAUGUUUAACUUCCUCAGCCCGAAAUUCACGCUUGUUCGCCAACUUCAUUCGAAGGGAGCGCGGGCAACUUCGAGCCCUGAGACUGUGACUGAAACAAUCAAUGCAGCGGGUUCUGAUUGUUGGAACGAAGACCACAUCUCUAGCGCCCUUCUUUUUCUUGUGCUCUCACAAUACUGGCGAGAGUUUUCAAUCGAAACAUUCCUGAGCGCGGUUCGAUCGCACUAUGGCGAAAAGCAGAUCAAUUGGCCACUUGUGUUCCGCAACUUUGAUCGCGAAGGUCUGAGGCUUGAUACCCAUCAGUUCGCGAAGCUGUUCGCUGCACUGCUGAACGUGGCCACGGAGGAUUCAACGCUGGACGUACAGAAACUGUGGGGCGGAGACUGGGAACAUCGCGAUACCCAAUUGUCCUUCCUGACAGCUUUUGUGUCCUCCCGCGUAGAUGUGUCUCAAAUUCCCCACCUACGCGCCACUUUCCCUCCUGACUUCUUCGCUGAUGGCUCCGAGCUUGUUCGCCUCCAGGGAGAACGUGCGGCCAAGUCUCCCCUCCGGUCCCUGGACGCUAUGAGAGCCAUCUUCGACUUGGCGCUAUUCUCCAAUACUGCAUGGUCUGCCCCUGAGAGCCAGUCACUCAUCAAGGCCGUUGUCCAGUAUGACUUGCCUGUGUUCUUAUGCUCAGCCCUAUCCCUUCCUCAGCCCUGGACCAGCGUUCAGCAGAGCUUCGUUCUUCGCACUCUAAUUGUAUUUGUUCUGAAGCAAGAGGAAGGCUACCACCUUGCGCUUCAUGGAGCAUGGCACCAAGACCGCCAAUGGGUUGCAGAGCAGCUUUUCACCACGUUUACUCAGGAUCCUACCUCCACUGCCGCAAUUUACGAACAAGCUGUGGAAUUCAACUGGCUGGAUUAUCUUCUUGGGUACACAAACGGCCUCGCCAUGGAUCUUGCUUGUUACGCUCACCGCAAGGGCCCCUUCGACUUGGAACAAUGGGUUCGUAAUGCUGCUCAGAAAGGUCCCAUGGAUAUGGGGAGCCUGUUGUCCAAGUUCCUGCGGAUCAAGGCGGAGGAUGAACUUCACGUGCAAAGGAAAGAACAAGCUGCUCCGCAAAUGGUUAGUCUUUCGGUCAAGACUGUCUACACUUUACUAUCGGUUCUCGAAGAAUACGUGGGUGAUCGCGAGAACCUUACCCCAGUGCAACGCAUUUGCAUCCAGACCUAUCCCAGACUCAUCAAUUACGGGGAGGGAUUCGAUGACAUUAUCGAUGCCAAUGGCGAACACGGCAACUCUUUGCCUGAGGAUGUUGACAAACAAAUGCAGGAGCUCUUCGGCAAGAUGUAUCAUGAGGAAUUGUCGCUGAGGGAGAUUCUUGAAUUGAUGAGACGGUAUAAGUCUUCGCGGGAGCCAGCCGAGCAGGACCUUUUUGCCUGCAUGGUUCACGGAUUGAUAGACGAGUAUCACUGCUACCACGAGUAUCCCUUGGAGGCCUUGACCAAAACGGCGGUCAUGUUUGGUGGCAUCAUCAAUUUCCGGCUCGUUGAUGGUAUCACCUUGAAGGUGGGGCUGGGCAUGAUUCUGGAGGCGGUGCGAGAGCAUGAGGUCCACGAUCCCAUGUAUAAGUUCGGUGUCGAAGCGAUUGAGCAACUGAUCAACCGCCUUCCUGAGUGGGCUGGUUUCUGCCACCUUCUGCUUCAAAUACCCAGUUUGCAAGGCACCACGAUCUUCCAGAAGGCCGAGGAGGUUCUGCGCGAACAAGGAAGCCAGGUUCGAGAUGAGACUGGUAGAGUCGAGACUGUAGCCGGUCCUUCUAUGAACGGCAACCUUGAGGAAACCGUAGCGCCUGAUGGAACCGCCCGCAAGUUUGUAUCCGUCCAUGUCGAUGCCCCUCUUCGACCCGAAGUCUACUCGGAUCCGGACGAAGAUAUCCAGGACAAAAUCCUUUUUGUUCUGAAUAAUGUUUCCGAGCAGAACAUAGAUGAGAAACUCCGCGACCUCACAGAUGUUCUUCGUGACCAGCAUCAUCAGUGGUUCGCUUCUUACCUCGUGGAGGAACGGGCCAAGCUGCAGCCGAACUUCCAACAACUAUACCUCGAUCUGCUCGAUCGCAUCAACGACAGGAUGCUGUGGGCCGAGGUUCUACGAGAGACUUAUGUCAGUGUCUCCAGAUUGCUGAACUCAGAGACCACGAUGAAUUCCUCCACUGACCGCGGGCACCUCAAAAACCUUGGUGCAUGGCUGGGUUCUUUGACCAUAGCAAAAGACAAGCCCAUCAAGCAUAAGAAUGUCUACUUCAAAGGCCUCCUCUUAGAGGGGUUCGACAGCCAACGCCUGACGAUUGCCAUCCCUUUCACAUGCAAAGUACUUGUUCAGGCCACCAAGUCAACUGUUUUCAACCCCCCAAAUCCUUGGCUGAUGGACAUCCUUGCUCUGUUGAUGGAGCUGUAUCACUUUGCUGAACUGAAAUUGAACCUCAAAUUUGAGAUCGAAGUUCUUUGCAAGGAUCUUGACCUGGACCACAAGAACAUCGAACCGUCUGUUAUCAUCCGUGACCGUUCCGCCCACAUCGAGGAUGCGCUAUCUACAGCUAACAUCCCCGACGGCCUUGAAGCGUUUGAGGACAUGGCUCUUAGCACCAUCAAUCAAGGCAUUCGCCACGAGAGACUUUCUCCUGCUGCCAUUAUGUCAACCCUCCCAAGCUUGGACAAGAUCCUUGUCCUUCCGUCAACGGCUAGCAGCAUGGUCGAUUCGAAUGUUCUUCGUCAAAUCGUCCACAGUGCUGUUGAACGUGCUAUUGCAGAAAUCAUCACGCCUGUUGUGGAACGCUCCGUUACCAUCGCCUCCAUCUCUACCGUGCAACUCGUCUCCAAGGACUUCGCUAUGGAGCCUGAUGAAGAAAGGGUGCGACAUGCGGCAGGCAUCAUGGUCAGGCAACUUGCCGGUAGCUUGGCCCUGGUGACCUGCAAGGAGCCUCUUAAGGUCAGCAUGACCAACUAUAUCCGAAUGAUCCAACAAGAAUACUCCGAGCAGCCGAUGCCUGAGGGUCUAAUCCUUAUGUGUGUUAAUGAUAACCUCGACGCCGCAUGCGGUAUCGUUGAGAAAGCUGCAGAGGAGAAAUCUCUCCCGGAAAUCGAAAAGGUCAUUGAACCUCAAUUGGAAGCACGUCGACGCCACAGGGCAGCCCGCCCCAACGAACCCUUCAUUGACCCUUCCAUGAAUCGAUGGGGCCUCUUCAUUCCUGAGCCUUAUCGGCAAGCCACUGGUGGCCUUAAUAAAGAGCAAUUGGCUAUCUAUGAAGAGUUUGCUCGACAAGCACGCGGGCCUGCAGCCGCCCAUGUGCAAAAUGUUUCUACCGACUCUGGCCGACAGCUCCCUGACGUCCUGCAAGAACCAUACUCUCCCAUUCCCAACUUAUCUACACCCGCUGAACAACCUGCUGUACCGCACAGGACCCCUCAAGCGCAGCAAGACGCUCGUUUGCAACAGUCUGGACUUGUUGGCGCGCAGACUCAGCUUAAUGGCUUCCUCGAGGCUCAAAGUCCCCGCGAGAAGGUUGAGGCCAUCGUGUCGGAGCUGCAACAGGCUGCUCGAAAUGCUCCGGAGGAGCGUGUCAGAGACCUUGGUAGAGAUAGCACUGUUUUGCAGGAGUACAAUCAAGCACUGCGCACUAUCCUCGCCUCGCCCAAUGGAGAAGAGCUGGCCCGAUUGACAUGUCUGCGAAUCUGCACAAGCCUGUAUGCGCAGACCCCAAGCACGCUGGAGAUUGAGGUUCUUGUCCAUCUGCUCGCGAAGCUGUGUGACAUGUCAACUUUGGUUGCGCGUUACACGUGGGCAGUCCUUUCAGAAGUCGAUGACGAACACAUGUUCAACGUCCCCGUCACCGUUGCUCUUAUUGAUGCCGGUCUCUUGGAUAUCCGACGCGUUGACAUGAUUCUGACGCGGCUAAUCCUCCAAAAGAACACAGCUGCUCUAGAAGUUCUCUCCAACCUGAUGAACCGCGUUCUCUUCAGUGAAGAACCAUCUGCCUUGAGGUCUGACUUCUCCGGUAGUCUGGAAGCCAUGAGCCAGUGGCUGGCAGAAGAUUCGAACCUCUCGUUAGCAAAUGAGAUUAUUCGCAAACUGCGGGAGUCCGGCAUUCCUGAAGUUGUCAACCCCCUUCUAAGUGACAAAGCAAGAUCGAAGCGGGAUCAGAUGGAAUACAUCUUCAGCGAAUGGAUUGGCAUCUACAAGGCCCCUGGCGCAAUCGACCGGACAUAUUACUCAUUCCUGAAGGACUUACAUCAAAGACAAGUCAUGGCCAACCAAGAGGACUCUGCCCUGUUCUUCCGCCUGAGCAUCGACAUUUCGGUAGCGAUGUUCGAUCACGAGUCGCAGAACCCCAGUGGUAGUCUUGACGAAGCAUUCCUUUACAUUGAUGCUCUUGGCAAGCUUGUGGUUCUGCUCGUCAAGUUUCAAGGAGAGUCUGCAGGAGCUGCCAAGACAAGCAAAUCUGCGUACUUCAACUCGAUACUCUCGCUCCUCGUGCUCGUUUUGAACCAUCACUAUGUCAUGCGUGGUGAGGCAUUCAAUCAGCGCGUUUUCUUCAGGCUUUUCUCCAGCAUUCUCUGCGAAUACUCCAUGAACGGGCUGCAACAUAGUGAUCACCAUCAAGACAUGAUGUUUGCCUUGGCCAACAAGUUCCUGUCACUCCAGCCUAAAUACUGCCCUGCUUUUGUCUACGGGUGGCUUUCAUUAGUUUCACACAGAUUCUUCAUGUCUGGCAUGCUGAAUAUGCCGGAACGCGCAGGCUGGGGUCCAUAUUGUGAGAUCAUGCAGGCUCUGCUGUCUUACAUCGGCGAACAGCUGAAGCCGGCAACCAUCUCCUAUGUCGCCAAGGAUUUGUAUAAGGGUGUCCUUCGUAUCCUGCUCAUCUUGCACCAUGACUUCCCUGAGUUUGUGGCGGAGAAUCAUUUCCAAUUCUGCAACGUCAUUCCUACUCAUUGUGCCCAGCUUCGCAAUCUUGUUCUGAGCGCCUAUCCUUCCUCUUUCCAUAAGCUCCCGGAUCCGUUCAGAGAGGGCCUCAAGGUGGAACGCUUGGAGGAAAUGCGAGAGGCUCCAAGAAUUGCAGGCGAUACCGCUGCCCCACUGCAGCAUGCAAAUAUCAAGAGCGUUGUUGAUGGCUCGCUCCAGAGCAGCAGUGUACCCGAAGCAUCUGUGCAACAAAUUUGCGAGGCAGUAUACAACCCUCCGACCAAAGAGACUGGUCUCUUCUAUGACGCCAUCAACGUUAACGUGGUGCUGUUGAAUGCACUUGUCCUCUACAUCGGGCAGAACGCUGUGACUGUCAACAGUUCCCAGGGCAACACUCGCGCGGCCUUCGAGAACUCUGCCCACGCUUCACUCCUGGAAAGCCUUGCGAAGGCUCUGCGCCCGGAAGCACGAUACUACUUGUUGAGUGCGAUGGCUAACCAGCUGAGGUAUCCGAACAGUCACACCUACUUCUUUAGCUUCGCUAUACUUCGUCUCUUCGGCGCCGAUAAUUCGGAGCAGGAUGAAUCCGACAUCCGUCAACAAAUCAUUCGCGUUCUUCUCGAGAGACUUAUAGUCCACCGUCCUCAUCCCUGGGGGCUGAUCAUCACCCUUCAAGAGCUGCUUCAAAACCGGAGCUACACCUUCUUCCGCCUUCCCUUCAUCCAGGCUGCGCCUGAGAUUGGUCGUCUCUUUGAUGCCUUGUUGCAGCACAUUCAACAGCAAAGCCCACGGGCAAUGCCCUAAACAUUCACGGAGAUAAUAUCUCUACUAUCUUCUCAUAUUAUAUUAAUAUGACGUAUUCUAUCAUGCCUCGAUGUCUUGCAUUUGCCGAAACGACUUUCUGUCAUGGUGUUUUGUCUAUGCCGCUCAUGACAUGUAGCGCCAAAAUACGGAUCUUUCCUGGGGUGUAUGAUUUGAAAGGGUUCUUUAUUCGCAGGCUUGCUUGUUCUGUUCUAAUUCGUUUGCUUGUUUCGGCUGGGUUCUGGGAGAGGUUGCAUUUCUAGGGCUUGUAAACAUGUUCUGACGCUAUAUGGUACUUACAUCAUUGCCUUUUUCUGCCUCUAUCCCUUUCUUCUGUGUUUUUUUCUUAUCUUAUUUUGGUGUUAUCUUUGUCUAUAACUACUUUUCAAGGUGGUCUGUAACGAUAUGCAGAGUUAUAAAUGAUGAUCUCAGAGGC